AUGGACCAUUCCAUGAGCCCAGGCUCAACGGGCAACAUGAACUCAACGAGCGCCGGCUCCAUGAUGGUCUUCACCAACGCCCACGACACGCCGCUGUUCUCUUCAGCCUGGACUCCAUCAUCAUCAGGGAGCUACGCCGGCACUUGUAUCUUUCUCAUUGUCCUGGCUAUGGUGGACCGCGGCCUCAUCGCCCUCAAGGCCGUCCUGGAGCGCCACUGGCUGGCCGCUCACCUCAAUCGUCGCUACGUCGCGAUAACCGGCAAAACCAGCGAGGCCGGGCGCAUUGACACAGACCCGGAUGCAAAGAUCGCCUCGCUGGUCACGGCGCAGGGUGUCGAGGAGUCGGUCAAGGUGGUGCGCAGUCUUUCCCAUGGACCGAUUCCUUGGCGGAUGUUGGCGGUCAUGACGAUGAACGUCGGCUAUUUCUGCUCGGUGCUGGCGGGCGCGUUUCUUGGGGAAUUGGGCGUGGGCCGGUACAUCUGGAAUGAGCAUGGCCAUUGA